AUGUUCGUCCUCCUCCUGGCACCGCCGUUGAUGAGCGCGAGCGCGCCGUUUGCACUGCCGACCGCUCCACCGGCAUCUGUCGACGCCUCGGAUUCAAUGUGGGACAGUCGACCCUUCGUGGAUGGCCGUAAAACUUGUAUUGGCGGCGCGGUGGAGGCGUGGAGCGGGCCCAGCGAGGAGGUGACAUCGCCCGUGUUUGACGCGAGGACCGGAAAGCGCCUCGUCAUUGGCCAGCUCGCGACGAUGGGCGAGGUGGACGCCGUGCGUGCGGUAGAGGCGAGCGCGGCGGCGUGGGACCGCGGGCAAGGCGCCUGGCCGCAGAUGUCGCUGGCAGAGCGUAUCGAGCGCGUGGAGGGGGCGGUGGCGGCUUUGAAGGAGCGACGCGACGAGAUUGUCAACGUGCUCAUGUGGGAGAUUGCAAAGAACAGCGCCGACGCGGCGGCUGAGUUUGAUCGGACGGUGGCCUUCAUUGGCAAAACGAUCGAGACGCUGCGUCGGCUGGACGAGGAAAGUGCUGGGUGGCGGGUCGUGUCGGGCGUGAUGGCCUUCGUGCGGCGCGCCGCAGUGGGCGUGAUGAUGCUCCUCGGUCCCUAUAACUACCCAUUCAAUGAGACGUAUGCGGCUCUCAUCCCAGCGCUGCUGAUGGGCAACGUCGUGCUGAUGAAGAUCCCGAAUGUGGGCGGCCUCGCGCACGUGCUCACCUUCGAGGUGUGGGCAGAGGCGCUGCCCAAGGGCACGCUCUCCUUCAUCUCCGGCUCCGGUCGCGCAACUGUUCCGCCAGUGAUGCGCACCGGCCUCGUCGACGUGCUCGGCUUCAUCGGCGGCUCCAAGGCGGGCGACGCGAUCCUCAAGGAGCACCCUGCGCCGCACCGGCUCAAGGCCUUCCUCCAGCUCGACGCAAAGAACCUCGGCGUCGUCGCGCCGGACGCGGACCUCGACGUCGCCGUCGGCCAGUGCGUGGUCGGGUCCACCUCGUACAACGGGCAGCGCUGCACCGCGAUCAAGCUCAUCCUCGUCCACCACUCGAUCGCCGACGAGUUCGUGCGCCGCCUCGCGUCUGCGGUCGCCGCGCUGCCGCGCGGCCUCCCGUGGGAGGAGGGCGUGCUCAUCACUCCGCUCCCCGAGCCGAAGAAGCCCGCCUACCUCGCCGAGUUGGUCGGCGACGCGGUCGCCAAGGGCGCGCGCGUCGUCAACGAGGGCGGCGGCACGCUCGCUGGCGCGCUGAUGACGCCUGCCGUCGUUUUCCCGGUGAGCCGCGAGAUGCGGCUGUGGCACGAGGAGCAGUUCGGGCCUGUCAUCCCGGUCGGCGUGUACCGCGACGAGGCCGAGGUGGUGGAGUACGUGCGCAGCUCGCCUUUCGGGCAGCAGGCCGCGCUCUUUACCCAGUCGACCGACGCGGCGGCGCCGCUCAUCGACGCGCUCUCCACCUCGGUCGGCCGCAUCAACCUCAACACGCAGUGCGGACGCUCGCCGGACGAGCUGCCCUUCUCGGGCCGCCGCUCGUCCGCGCUCGGCACGAUGAGCGUCUCCGAGGCGCUGCGCGUGUUCUCGACAGAGACGGUCGUCGCGGGCAAGGCGGCGCAGGAACCCAACCGCCGCCUCGCCAAGGAGCUGCCCUCGAGCUCCGCCUUUAUGCGCGCGCUUGCCGACACCCCGUACCGUGACGAGUUGUGA